GUACGGGGUAUAUUAUAUAAGCGAUGUAUCGUCGGAUAGGAAAGCAUGAUUUAGGCGAUAAAGGAAAUGAAUUUUUUCUUCUUCUUCUUCUUCUUCUUCUUCUUAGGGAACUCGUCGACUUGACCCGAGGUCGUAGAGAAUCCGGCGUUUGCGCGUGAAACCGCGCGUGGAAAAGCGCCGACGUAAGUCCGACGUUAUGUGUUAGGGUAGGGGGAUCAUGGCAACCCUCCUUCCCGUUUGGAACGUGCGCGUUUCUCGGCAUCAGCACGUGGCAUCAAAGGGAUAGAAUAUACCGGGGGGGUGGUCGCGCAAACGGCGACGACCCUCGCUCGUCGUCGCUGCUGCUCGCGCGCGAGCGAGCGAACACGGCCGAGCAAACGGUGCCUCCUCCUUUCAAAAAGAGGAAAUAUCUUUUCUUUCCGUUUUUAAAGAAAAUCGUUGAAAAGCGUAGUUGCCAUGUGUCGUUACACUCCUUCUUUCUUUUUUUUAUUUUUUCUUCGUUUCGUCGCUUUUUUCUCUCUUCCUUAUUCUCGCUUCUUUCACUUUUUCUCUUCUUUUUGAAAAAAAGAAUAAAAGAAAAGGUAGAAAUAUAGUAAUAUCUUUCGAAUCUUUCGAUCUAAAAUUCUCGCGAGUGAAAUUCCAUGUGUCCAAACGGCGAUGUUGGCUACGAAGAUCGAGUCUGUAACAAUCGCGUGAUCGACAUCGAUCUAUCCUUGUGGGGGGAGAGAGAAUCUGUUCCAAAAGGAAAUAAAUUCACGUAGGAGAAAGGGGAGGAAUGGGCCCUUGGGCCUUUGGCGUCCCUCUCAUCCUUGCCUGCGCUUUGGGCCUUCUUCUUAACGUCUACGUCCUGCUCGUUGUUCUUGGUCUUGGUAAACAGACGCAGCAGCAGCAAACGGCAAAUACGUUGCUACUGAUUCAUCUUGGCGCGGUCGAGGCAGCCGUGUGUCUGAUAUUACUGAUCUUUACUACUACACCUUGGCCAAUAGCCGGCAGUUGGUGCGUAUUUCAUGGCUUUCUCUUAGCCCUUUUACAUCCCGUCGCAUUGUGGACCGUCACGGGACUGAACUGCGAUCGAUAUUACGCUAUCGCCGCGCCGUUGCAUUACGCGGCACUGGUAUCACCCCGGCGAGUGAACCUCGGUUUGGCAGCUUCCUGGACGGGAGCCCUUCUCUUGUCUCUACCACCGUUCUCCGGCCUGGUACCACCUUACAGAUACAGUCCAGGCUUAGGCUGUUGCGCACCAGAUUUUGGAAACGGAAGUUGGGGUUCCGCAGCUGCGCUUUACGGCGCGGUUUACGCGAUUCUCGGCUUGGCAUUGCCGGCGAUUCUCGUGACGGUCUGCAAUUUGCGAGUCCUCGGUAUAGCGCGUUAUCAUCGGCAUCGUAUCGCUAGUGCAAUCUACGAGGUCACAUUAAGCGCCCAAGUGACCAUCACCCAUCAGCGAAAUCCAUUUUUCGUGCCGACGGUCACGGCACCCUCGGCCGGUGGCCCUCCUCGUUUUCAUAGCGCUGCGAGCACGGUGAUGCAACUAGUCGGUUCCCUCUAUUUGCUGUACUUUCCCUAUUGCGGAUUUAUACUUUGGGAAUCCUGCGGUGCCGGCGAUCAAGAUCGUCUCCAGGCGCAUCCUCGACUAGCCUCCUUGGCAUCUUUCCUUCUUGCCUGUUCUCCGCCGAUCAACGGUCUUCUCUACGGUCUGAAAUCGCAAACUCUGAGACGAUCCGUGCAAAAUUAUUGGCGAAAAAAGGCGACCAAGUCCGAAUUGCAACAGGAGAUACAGGCAAGAACGCCUAGCGUGGCGGGCUCGAGAAGACCGUCGGGAAGUGGUACCGGAUCGUUCUUUCCAUUUCCUCCAUUACAACGACGUCUCAGCGAGGCUCUAUUGGCGAUUGGUAACUGCAGAUCGGGAAAUAGCAUCGAACACGGUAAUCUCAAUUAUCAUCGUACGAGAUUACAGCCUGCGGCUUCGUGUAACACGCUUAGAGUACCAUCGGCGGAAUCAGGCGAAACUGGGAAAUUGGUGAGGUCCAGUGCUAGCGCGGCGAGUCUAAUGGGGCCGCAUUAUCGAGGCGAUUUCGCAACGGGCAACGAGAUUGGAACUGGUUGUUCCAUCGGUAUGAACGAAACGCCCAGACAAAGUCCAAGGAUUCUUAUAACGCGUGCUUGCAGCGAGGAGAGCCAAAACGAUGGGAGUCCUCUAUUUCGUAAAUCUCAUCCCUCGAACUCGACUCAUCAUCCACCCUGCGAAAAACGUAGAUGGAGAUAUUGUAGUACUGGAAGCGAUAGUAGCACUGGGAGUAGCGAAACGAACGUUUGGACGACUGGCGUUGUUGCUCACAAAAUGGGGAAGAAUAACUUGAAAAAUGUGACGGACGUUUGGCCGGCAAGCCGACGAUUGAUACGCGUGAGAACCCUUGAGGAGGAUUCACUUUCAACUGGCAUCAGGCCAAACAACAACAAUAAUAACAACCACAACAACAACAACAACAACAACAGCGAGAGUAGCGAUACGACGGAUAACACAGCGACGACGACGACGACGACGACGACGACGACUUUACCGAUCAAGACGCAAAUGUUCGAGGACGGAGAGGAGGAUAUCGAUACGAGGAUGAGAAAGGGAUCGAGGAAAAAUGAAGAGAGGAAUCGAAGCGAGAGCGAGAAUAGUUGGAGCAGCGUCGAAGAGAUCGAAACGAAAGAGGUGAUUGGAAAAAGGGGAGAGGAAGGAAUUGGUCGAAAGGACGAGGAAAAAAGAUCGAAGAAAAGAGAAAGGUCGGGAGCAUCUCGCAGGAGGAGAAGAAUAAAGCAGGGGGAUAAUUCCGACGUGUCCGAAGAUCGAGAUGACGUGGCGGCACAAAUGAGGCCACUCUUAUUGGAUAGAUCGUUUCAUCCGUAAACCCCGCGAUUUUUUUUCCCCCGAUUCGUCCAGGUUUGGAGCUAAAGACGAAACUGUAAAGACCGGCAGAAUAGUUAUCGACUGAUCGACGACGGUAGAUGGCGAAUUCAAUGUGAACGAUACGAGGAGAAUGAAUGCGUAUCCGUUUAAUCGCAACCCACAUAUUCCUUAACGCACAAAAACAUCGUCAUUCGUUUCGCUCUCGCAUAACUGAAAAUGGUAUGUCGAUCGAUCCUAUGCGGCCCUAUUUAUUUUAUCUUAUUUCAAUGAGAAAACGUUGGACGUUCUCGCGUACGUUAUCUCUUUCUCAAAUAUCCUAUAUUUCGAACGUACAGCUCGUCCAGCCGAACCGAUAUAUCUAUACUAUUUAUUCAAUUACGAUUGAAUGGGUUAUUUGAAGAAAUCGACUUUCGAUCAUAUGAAAAAAUCGUCGAAAAUUUCGGCUUCGGCCUGUUACCGAAUGUAUCGUCCUGAAAAUGAUAUAUUUCUUCCUGUCCAGGAUCGGGAGAGAAGACGAGGGCGAUCCCGAUGGCCUCGACUUUCUCGAGGAAAGUACUGUAAACCGAUAUCUCUGUGUGUCCUCGUGUUUGGAACGCAAAGAAAAUAAAAACCGCGUAGGAGUUUGAGAGAAAGCGAACGAUCUAUAGUUCCUAUAGAUCGUGAGGUAACUCGACCAUUGUUGGAAAAGACGCUUAAUCGUUAAUCGAUCGAUUGUGCACUAUACUUGCUCUUUUCUUUUUUUUUUCUUCUUUCUUUUCAACGGCUGCCGCCUCGUAAAGAAAAAGAAAAAAAAGUACGUAUCAAGAUACGUAACACAGUCGACGGAUUAUUAAUCGAGAAAGUAUUCCGAUUGGAAAGGAUCUUCUAUAAUAGAUUAUAGAAUAUUACCUUAAGAUCUUGAUAAAAUCGUAUAUAUCGUCUAUUAUCGAUGCGUUUUAAGCGCUAAUAGCGAACUCUUCCUUCCUUCCACGUAAUCGACUCGAAUAUCAGAGAACGAUAAGACAAUAGAGGAGAAACAAUAGCUAUUGGAAAGUUCCAAAUCAUUGAUCAGUUCGUAGUUUAAGUAACGUAGAGACAUCGUUCCCUAUCCGACGAAUUCGAGAAGAGGAGUCAUUUUUAGACGCUAUCUUGAUAUUACACCGUCUGAUCGAUGUUCGAGGCAAUCGCUUGGCACAAGGUCAAACGAUCCUUCUAUCGCGUGCUAUUAGUCCCUUAAUAAUCUUUUAAUGACGCCUAAUAUAUGUAUAUGUAUGUAUGUAUGUAUGUAUAUAUAUAUAUAUAUAUAUAUAUAUAUAUAUAUAUAUAUAUAUAUAUGCACACAUGUUAACUGGCUGUAACAACGUUCGUAAUGACUUAAAAAAUAAUCAUUUCGUGUUAGGCCAAAAGAGAAUUUCGUUAUAAUUGUAUUUGCUCGGUCGAUCGUUAAACGAAGUGAUAAGAAUUACGUGUUAAUGAGAAACUUAUGGAUGUCGUCGAUUUAAAUCAUCGGCGUAAAUGUAAUAUUCGACUUUUUUCGUAGCUAUUAAUAUUUAACCGAAGAAGGUGACGCCGAUACGUUCCUACAGCGAAAAUGAAUGAAAAAUAUGAAAUAAAUAAAUAAAAAGAAAAGAAAAAUAGGGGAAAAGGAAGAAAAAAGAAAAAUGAUUUUACGAUGAAAAUUUUCAAGUUUUUAGAAUACAUAAUAGUUCCAAAGAGCGCUAUAUAACCAACUCUAUUUCUAGAUAUUCCGUCCGCAAAGAGUAGACGAGCGAAUUUUAUUGUCCCCCUCCCCUUCCCUCUUUUCUUUCUUUAUGCUUUUUACUCGUUAUUAUCGAUCGCAACUACCGCGAAAUCAAAUGUCCGCCUAUUAACGUCUCUCGCGUUGAAAUUAUUUUUAGUUUAGGUCUUUAUCGAGUUUGGUCGACUCGCGACACGAUUUCAAUUAACAUCGAUAAUCGAGUUUCGCCUAUACAUCAAAUCAGCGAAACUCGAGCGAGUGAUAAGGAAAAGGCUUUAUUAUAUUACCGCGAACGUCCCGUUUAAAAUCAAGAAUACGGGCCCAUUCGAUUAUUUUUUUUAAACGGAACUAGCCAAAGAAAUAAAUAGGAUGGAUUAGAAACAAAGGUACACGUUUUGAUAAGCGAGAUCGGCGAGUAGGAAAGAAGAAUUUAAGUGCGUGUCCUUGAAAAUUAAAAGGGGAAGACCCGACAUGUCAGUAGAUUAUAGACUGGGAAGAAUUUUUCGGGAGGAUUCUCUGAGAGCUGACUACGGUGCCUAGACGAAAAUGAUAGGACACGAUGGUCGGAAAAGUCUCGAGACGUAAGGUUUGUCUUGGAAAAAAAAAAAAAAGAAAAAAGAAAAAACCAGAAAAAUGUCUCGUCGUGUGGAAAAUGGUACUAUGGUGCCGUGGCCGAGAGACGCGCCAGGUUGGCGCCAGGCUACGAGAGAUAGGACGGGUUGCGGUCCCUUCUUCGUUCCGGGCGAAAGAAAGAAAGAAAGAAAGAAAGAAAGAAAGAAAGAAAGAAAGAAAGAAAAAAGAAUUAUCAGUACAGGAUCUUGAGUGUAGAAAAUUUCUACGUCCUGUACUUUGGCGCAGAAGAUUGAAAAAUUCCGUCGGAUAUAUAUGACUGUACAUACAAGUAGAUAAUAUAAGUAAUAAGAAUAAGACAAUUAGCUGCGAAAUCCAUCAAAUACCUAGAAAGAUCGACGACGUUUCGUUUAUAUUCCAUUCUUACGGUCGCGAAUAAUAACGAAGCGACUCGAAACGAGUAAAUUUUCCUUCUAUUUUCGAACGAAUAUUUCCGACUCGAAAAGAAAAAAAGAGAAACGGAAGAAGAAACGCGUCCGGCAGUUUCCGAUCUCCCGGCCAGUAGACACACGUUCUACGACGAAAGUAUUAUCCGCUUCUUGGUCCAAUUAAGCGCGACGAGAACGAACGACGAUAUCGCCAAAGCUGCUACUCUUGCAAUGUACCAGUUAGUGUUAGACGUUCGUUCGUUCAGAGACACGAUAUACCUAACGAGUAGGUAUUCGCGAAUAAUCUUACGCGAGCUAAUCCUUUCUCCUCUACUCCACUCCCAUUCGGUAUUACGAAUCAUUGAGUUUGGCGUUUGAAAAUCCUUGUCUGCGAAUCGUUAUGCGUAUCCCUACUCUUGAUUAUCGAUUAUCUAAUCGUUAACUAAUCGACGAUCGCGAUAUGAUAAUAACGAAGAAAAACAUCUGUAUGUAUAAUGUUAAAUUAUAAAUGGCGGUGGAGGGAAAAAAAAAGAAAAUAAGAAAAGAAGAGAAACAGAAUCGUACAAAAUCGAAAUCGUUUGGGAUACAUCUUCUCUUUCUUUUCCCAUUCCCUUUUGUAAAAAGCAUUACGACGAGGGGAGAGAGAGAGAGAGAGAGAGAGAGAGAGAGAGAGAGAGAGAGAGAGAGAGAAGGAUAAGGAGGGUCGGGAGUAUUGACUUUUUCGAAAUAAAAAUCAACGAAGCGCCGUGCUUGUAUCGAACAGCGAGAUAGAGCGAGAGAGAAAUAGAAAUUGUGUCUCGGCUAUAGACGGACUUAAGGUACCGAGACGCGUCGCAAGUGGUUCAUUAUUCUCGCUUCCCCUAAUGGCUUCGCUCGGAGCUAUUAUUCGUUGCAAUUAUCUCGCUGUGGUCGUAGAAUCGAAUCCGUCGUCGGUACGUUUCCCUUUGGAUCGGUUAAAAAAGAAGAGAAAAAAAAAAAAACAAAAAGAAAAGAAGUAAAAUGUUGAAUAAAAGGAUGGAGUCGUUUUUUAACAAAUUUGAUUUGCGAACAAACGAAUUGUAAUGUCAAUUGCAUUGUUUUUGAGUAGAAAAAGAAUAAGGAAAGAGCGUUCGCCGAUAACGGUUGGCGAACGGUUGGUUUCUUAACGAUUUUCUUCAUGAAUGAAUCCUGACGAACGCGAAGCGCCGUGGUUGGUUCUCGGACUCGGAGAUAUUACCUGUCUGUAUACGUGGCUAUUCGCUGUCGCCAAACGAUGAACCGGUUCAGUGUGGCGCCGACAUUUGGGACGAUCGUAUGCUUUUCGAGAAAGCUAUGCUCGAUCGGGCCUCGCGAUUAAUGCCAUAAAGCCAUCUCUCUCUUUCUCUCUCUAUCUCUCUCUCUCUCUCUUUCUCUCUGCCUCUCACUCUCUCUCUCUCUCUCUCUCUCUCUCUCUCUCUUGCUCUCUCUUUCGUUAGUCCGGUAAAAAAUAAGAAAAGAAAUAGAAACGGUGGAAAAAUUUGUUCAUUUGUUUUUCCCAUUGUCAAGAAGAAAAUCAUUCUUCGUUAAUUCUCUCGUUAUUGCUCUCGCGAGUGUUUUUUAUUUGAAUCGAUCGAUUCGUACGUCCAACCGGAAAGACGGAUAAAUUUGAAGGAGGUCAUAAGCACUUGCUUAUGCUUUUCUCUUCUUCGACGAUAUAAUAAAAUUUAACGCGACGAAUUCUAGCGAUACUAUUUUUCUUACUCUCUCUCUCUCUCUCUCUCUCUCUCUCUCUCUCUCUCUCUCAGAUCCUUUCUCUUACGAACGAGUACACCCCGAGUAGCCCCUAUUACAUUGAUUGUUUUUGCAAUAAUAUUUCAUACAUAAUAAUUAGUCGGCGCACGAAAACGGUCCGAAAGAGUUUGAACGAGAGCGACAUGCGUAACGAAAAUCAUCGUUCGUUCGAGCGUUGACUCGAUUAACUCGUGAUACCGGUGAUAAGUACGGCAAACGUACGUUGUUCGAAAGAGAAACGAGAAUUGUGAGAGACGAUUAGCCGAAUUUGUCAAAGUGACACCGACCGAACGAGAAGAAGUUUAAGAAAAGAAAAAUAAUAAGAAGAAGGAGGAAAGAAAAGAAAAGAUGGCAAGAAGGAGCAGCCUUAUGUGUACGUUCGAACCACCGCAAGAGCCAAGACCCAUCGUCGCUAAAGGUAAGAAUUAAAAAGAAAAACUAUAUACAUAUAAGCGAAUGGAAUACUUUUGAUCGAUCAAUUUGGAUCAGAUUUGCAAAGGAAAAAAUAUCGAACGAAAUCGAGGGCAAUAAAAGAGGUAUCGCGUACCCUUCUACUCGUGUAGUCCCAAUGACUAUCUUUUCAAUUAUUACAAGACACGAUAGGGUAACGUGCAAUGACGUUACGUAAGCAAUUUAUGAGUUACUCGAUGAUAGGAUAUUCGUUGUAGCUGAAAAAUUGUAAAAAAGAGAACAUUCUUUUUACGAUGAAGCAAGUAAUUCUCAGCGUCUAGCAAAAUCCAGAAGAAACGUCUAUUUCUCUCGAACGUGGUUCAACCGGUUCCUUCGUAAGUGAAAAGACGAAGAAGAAGAAGACGAAGAAGGGAAAAAAGAAAAGAUAAAAGAUGAAAGUAGUAGGCGACGAGAGAGUGGUCCUUUCGGAUCUUCGGAAUGAGAAAGAAGAAAAAAAAUCAUUCGUCGAAGAAGGAGAAAUGAUUAUUCGCGCGCGAGAGAGAAAGAGAGAGAGAGAGAGAGAGAGAGAGAGAGGACAUUCAUUUACCAGGCUCGUCACGACGCGAGAAACGAUCGUGAAACGAUCGUAGAACGAUCGUGGAACGGCCGUGGAACGGUCGUACAGGUUGACGAACCCGCAUUCUCUUUCUCCCUCUCCUUCGUUUCUCUUUUUCCCUCUCGAAGCAUAGAGGCACGUACUAUCGUAUAAGAGCUCGACAACGACAAUAACAAUGAGAAAGAAUUUUGGGUAGGAACGUUCGUUGGACACGUAUCGAUUUGCAUUUUUUUCGUCAUAUCCGACGUGGGCUUAUUAUUAUUGCCAGUUCGUUAAAGUCGACGAAACCAUUGACUUUUCGUGUCAAACUAUUUCAGAUUAUUUAUACGAAUGACUAAGUCGAAACAUUCCAAAGUUUUAACUUCGAUCUUAUCGAAGAUUAAAUAUGCCGAUUAAAGGAUUCAUUAAAGUAACAACGAAAUGUAAUUGAAUUUAAUUAGCUUCGCUCGGCAAAACGUUAUAACCCGGCUUAUCGUUAGUUAGUGGACUAACAAGACUACUUGCUCGUCUUGUAUACAAAGCAUGUAUUCUCUCCACGUGUCGGCGUGGGUAAACGAAUACGCGCGCGCGCGCGAGAGAGAGAGGGAGAGAGAGAGAGAGAGAGAGAGAGAAAUUGUAACGCAAGUUCCAGCCAUACGCAUGCUCGGUUCGAUUUUUCACGGUCAGCUGAUCUCUCUCUCUCUCUCU